AUGGCAGAAGCAAACGAGAAAGAAUGUCCUCGAGCUGCUACGAUCCUGAAGCGUGAUAGAUACGUAGACGAUCUAAUUCAUUCGUGUCCAAGUACGGACGAAGCAAUAAAGAGCAUUGAAGAAGUGAACAAAGUUUUGUCAACUGGAAGCUUCAAAAUUAAAGAAUGGUUAUGUUCCUCUACAGUCGAGAAGGCAAAUGAAAGUGAGCAGCCAAAAGAAGAAGAUGGUAGCGAGAGUGAUCCACACCCUGUUACACCAAUUGUGAAUUUGGACGGUGAAGAAGAGAACAAAACGCUCGGUGUAAUAUAGAAUCCGAAGAGAGACGUAAUCGGGUUUGCUUCGAAAGAAGUAAAAGUCGAAAGACUGACAAAGAGAUCCGUCCUUUCGAAUAUCUCGAAGCUCUACCACCCACUUGGUUUAGCAUCUGCACUAACGAUAAAGGCGAGAAUAGCCUUACAGAAUAUGUGGAAAGCAAAGCAAUUUGAUUGGGAUGACCCUCUUCCCGAAGUUAUGAGCGACACUUGUGUUACAUGAUGAGCAACAUCAUGUAAUUUUGCACAUAUUAAAUAUUAUUAAAUGCUAUUAUUAUAUUAUACUAUAUAGCUCAUACUUAUCAUAUUGCAGCUUACAUGCAUGAGUAAGCAAAUAGUUCUAAAGAUUAAAGAAAACGCUUUGCCAACAAAUAACAUCAACGGACAUGAAUGUGGUCAGAGAACGUUCUACCAACGACCACAAUAUUGCGUAUAGGAAAUGCGUCAAGAUGGCAAAGUCAUCCUCUGACUAAUACUAUAAAAGUAGCUUCACGCAUCAGUGAACAUCAUUAUUAGCAUUGUGAUUAAGAAUAGAGCAAUGAUCAAAGAUUAAGAAAGAAAACUCCAUGGCUGAAGACGAAGCUGCUUUAACGCGCUGAUAAAACGCAGAAAGAAGACAACAUGGAUAUCUUGUGGAUAUUACGAAUUAUACACUUGAACUGUUGCUAUAUCAAGUUGCAAUUGCUCACUCGGACAGAUAAGUUUAAUUAUAACAUAUAGCCUAAUUAACCAUAUUAUCAUAUAACUUAAUUAAUAUAACUAAUGCUUUUUCUAGUAUAAAAUAUAUAUAUCAAAAAGUAAAAUGCUUAGAUUUACAUUCUUUUUUUGCGAGUAAAUAGAACCAGAGCGGUCAGACAAAAUAGUAGGGACCGGCUCGUAACACUUGGAAGAAAUUGUUCAAAGAAAUCGAAAGUCUCAAGAAAGUCGAGUUUCCGAGAUGUCUUCAACUGAAAGAAGUAUCUGGUCCUUCCGAGUUGCACGUCUUCGCUGAUGCAAGCAAAGAUGCUUAUGGUGCCGUAGCGUAUUUGGUUUGGACGACCCCCAUGGUUUCCAUGUUAGCUUUGUGUCUGCGAAAGCAAGAGUGGCCCCACUUCGACACACUACCAUCCCGAGACUGGAGUUGAUGGCUGCACUAAUCGCGUCUAGACUCGCUCACACCAUUGUUGAAUAAUCCAAGUUAAAGCCCUCGAGCGUCACAUUUUGGUCAGAUUCUACCAUAGUACUCAGUUGGUUAUGUUCGGAAUUGACUUCAUUCAAGCCGUUCGUUGGAGUUCGAGUGGCCGAGAUCCAAGAAAGUUGGAGUCCAAGUUCAUGGCGAUACGUCCCAUCCGAAGAGAAUCCAGCUGAUGACUUAAGCCGCGGUAUUACGGUAGAAGAAUUGAGUUCAGGUCGUUGGAUUAACGGUCCAUCCUUCCUCUCGAAGCCAAAGACCGAGUGGCCAUGUGAAAGAACAACAGAACCCGACAUUCGAAGUGCAGAUCCCGAGAAGAAAAAGUCCCCAAACUCCUUGGCAGCAAUUGUGAAACACCAACCUCAAAAGAUCACAAAAGGAGAACAAUGUGCCAAGAGGAAAGUGGAACCUUGGUUGAGUCCUGGAAGUUUCUCCCGGAAAGGACGGUGUAGUGAGAAACCUGCGUCUCAAGACACAGAAUGGAGAACUGAAGAGAUCGAUCCAGAAAUGCUGCAUACUCUUGGAAGCCAA